CUAGCAAACAAUAAUGGCGACUCCCAUGGAGCUGAGAUGCUGGGGGGGCGACUGGGGCUUGCCCUCUGUCCAUACUGAAUCUCUUAUAGUACUGGCAUAUGCCAAGUUUUCUGGCGCAAAUCUCACAGUCUCUCCAAUCGACAGGACAUGGAGAACUCUAACAUCUCCAGUCCCGGAGUUGGUGUGUGAGGGCUCCACACUGACAGAGCCCUCUCAGAUCCUGGCUUUCCUCAGGAAGCAGAGGUUUAAUGCUGAUUAUGAACUGACAGCCAGACAGGGAGCUGAUACCAUGGCUUACACUGCUCUGCUGGAGGAGAAACUACGACCAGCUCUGUUACACACGUUCUGGGUGGAUGCAGAAAACUACUCUAACCUGACACGGCCCUGGUUCGCCUCCCGCUCUCCCUUCCCCCUCAACUUCUUGGUUCCUGGUCGCCGUUCCAACGCAGCACUCUCCCGUAUCCUGCUAACUAAGAGUGAAUCUCCUCUAUACAGCAUCACUGAGGUGGAAGGCAAGAUCUACAGUGAAGCUAAGGAAUGUCUGAAUCUUCUGUCUCACAGACUAGGGACAGCAAACUACUUCUUUGGCAACUCGCCCUCCAGUCUGGACGCGUUUGUGUUUGGCUUCUUGGCUCCGCUCCACAAAGCCAGUCUUCCCAGCAGCCCACUGCAGAGUCAUCUCCGACAGCUGACCAACCUCACCAACUUCUGUGACAACAUCCUCGUCAACCACUUCAGCUCCAGUCGCCCAGCCUCUCCCCAGCCUGUCCAGGAGACAAUGGAUGCAAACCUGCAGAAGCUAACCCAGCUGGUCAACAAGGAGUCCAACCUGAUUGAGAAAAUGGAUGAUAACCUUCGCAGCAGCCCCCAGCACAUACCAUGCAGACCAGAUGCCAAACGCAGACCAGACGCCAACGAAAAGAGCUCUAUCCCGGCCUAGCCCCUCCCUUAUGACCCCAAACCCGGCCUGGCCAAUGACACGUGCCCAGGCCCAUCAGACAUGCUGUAUAACUUUGUAUCCGUUUCUGAUACUAGAGGAGAAAACUAGAUAACAUGUAAACCGCCUUGAACGGAUUCUAAUGACCUAAAGGGAAAUGUUCAGCA